AUGAGCGAAUUACCAACGAACUGCUUAAAAAAUGACAACCCAGAAGAGAACAACGGACCCUUAGACCUCGCGGUUGUAGAUGUUCCACCUGAAGACCAUCCUGUAUCUUCAGUAGAAUCUCCUUACAAUAUUCUGGGAAAACUCGAACCUGAUCCUCGGAAAGAACUGAACGAAUACGCCAAAACGUAUAUCCGUGAUGAGAUCCAGAAGAAAAGUUGGGACGAAUCAGUGACUGAGUUAAGGAAAUGGCAUAAGGAUUAUAAACAAACUUUAGUCGACACCACAGAGCUAGGUGAUAAAAGAUAUCGUAUUGCAAAAGAAGCCGAAUGGACCUUCAUGAGGCUUGCGAAUCGUGAUCAUUACAACUUUGCUGAUACUGCCAAAUCCAUGGAACAUGAAACAAAUUGGAAUCUAACUCAGAAGAAAAAAAUGUAUAACUUAAAUGAAUAUCGAGAGAGGAUCCUAAAGGCCCUGGAUAAAAUGCAGUCCUCUCCCGAAUACCCGAUAGAUGUUCAAAGUGAAAAAGAGGUUUUUGAAGAGAAAUACCAAGGCGCACAAACUAUUAUCUCUCCCGACAAAGAAUUGGAAAGUGUAGAGGCUUGGAAUAAGAUAUAUUCUUUGUGUAAGAAGAGAUCAAAUGAACACUUGGACGAGAAGGUUGAAGAUGAAGAACCAGUAUAUUUAGAUCUAAAUCUGGGUUUCAAAUGA